UCGGCCGGCGUGAAGAGUUUUCGGCGGUCGCAUUCGCGAGCGAGGCUCCCCACGGCUAGGAGCGAAGCGCGCACCGACAUACACGGGCUACGGACGGAGCGGCGCGAGCGCAAACGCGCCAUGCAAUAUGCGGAAGUGAUCGCGACCACGACCGAACGGUGCUAAACUAAACGAGUGUAACUCAAGUGUAGUGAACGCACAUUCAGUGAUACAAACUAUGGUAUUUGUGCACAGCUCGAUAGAGAUCUAAUGGUUUACUAAUAACGAUACAAGGACUGUGGACUUUGCGACAUGGAAUCAAGGGCAGGAAUAAGAGGCGGCCCGGGUAUGGACUCCCAGCAGCAACAGUACUGCCUAAAAUGGAACAGCUUCGGUUCAAACCUGGCCACUUCGUUUGCGAAUUUGUGGAAUUCAGAGAGCCUCGCCGAUGUCACUCUGUAUUGCGAAGGACGCCAAUUCAAAGCUCAUAAGGUGAUCCUUGCAGCAUGCAGUAAGCAUUUCCAAGAGCUAUUUGACUCAGCACCCCCAAGUCAUGUGGGCGCGUGCUACGUCAUUCUGGAAGCCACUACGGCUGAGAACAUGCAGGCUCUCCUCGAGUUCAUGUACAAAGGAGAGGUGCAUGUCAGCCAGGAUGCGCUUUCCAGCUUCCUCAAGAGUGGGGAGAAUUUGCAGGUCAAAGGCCUGUCGAUGGAGAUGUCUCAGGAUGCUUGGGUUAAGCAACAGACCCAGCAGAACUCUGGAGACCGCCAUCAGACUCGCAUAAAGACCAGUCCGGUGUCAGGGUCAGGCAACUGUGAGGUGCAGGAGUCAGCUGCUCCCUCCUCUCAUACAGCCACGUUUGCUCCGAUCAUGCCGCAGUAUGGUAUGCCAAUUCAUGGCAGCGGCAGCAUGGGGCGGUAUGCCCCGCCGGCUCACUUGCCUAUCCACGCUGGUGGACACCGCAGACCAGCGCCACCAAAGCCGUCUCCGUCUCAAAGCCCACACGCAAGGAAUUACAGGCAAAGUUCAUCUUCUUCGCACUGCGGCAGCGUUGCUGACGAGCCCGACACUCGUUCGUCGCCAGGAGCUGGUGCCCGCUACGAAGAGAACCCCCCUGACUGCACAUCGACCCACGGCAACCCAAUCAAGAACAACGGAUACGAACGCAGCGCUUCGGCCAACGACGACAUGCCUGAACGCUUAAACAAUGACCAAGGUGCUGAAGAUUUACGGAUAAAGAGUGAGAAUGACUACCAGCCGCAAGCAUAUAACAACUCUCCGCCACCGGCGACGUCGCUACCGAAUGCUAACUACCACGAUAAGCCAAUGGAGACGUCACCAGUGCCGCCUAAACCAAGCCCUGAUAUCUGGCCCACGAAACUGCUCACAAGCAAGUCUGGUGGAAUCGCUACUGCUGACGGUAAAAAGCUGAAAUGCCCAUAUUGCGAGAGACUUUACGGAUACGAGACGAAUCUGCGCGCCCACAUCAGGCAACGGCACCAGGGUAUCCGAGUGCCGUGCCCUCACUGCUCGCGUACCUUCACACGCAACAACACCGUGCGGCGCCACAUUGCACGCGAGCAUCGCCAUCAGGUCACCCCUCACCUCCCCAACCAAGGCCCCCUCCAUAACCAUACGCAGUAAGAACCCACGAAGUUUUGUUCUCAAUCUUAUUUCAACCGAACUACCUCUGCUAUUUAGGACCGGCCCGGACGACUGUUUUAUCUACCUCUGAACGCGUUACCAUAAACUGACGGCUAACGAUUGGAUUACGAAGAUGGUAUCUAUGUUAUCAACUCAUGGUCGGCCGAGCCGUGUCUCAAACUGUGUAUAACACGCGUACAAUAAUAUACCUCGUUGAUGCAUAUUAUGUAAUCAGUAUCUACCUCAGAAUUUGAUCUUAAGAUUUUUUAAGGUUUUGAAAUUGUGCGAUAAUUGUUACUUAAUUUAAUAUUCAUGUGUGACUUUGAAUGGUUGCUCAGUACUCGUCUCUGUCUGGUACCAUGUUUGAAAAAUGUCGUACCUUUUAUUGCACCCUCAUUUCGUUUAAGUACCUUUAAUAUUGUUUUGCAAACUUUAGUAAUAUGUCCAGUUGACUGUGAGAAGAAGUUACCUUUUAUAGACGAUUUAUUUUGUGCUCUCGGUCGAGUUAUGACAUAGCUUAUAUGAAAUACCUGAGCUAGGGAAUCUUAGAAAUGUUGUUGAGACUGAUGGUCAUAGGCUAAGUGUAUGUAAAUAAUAGGAGAAUGUUGUAAACCGCCUUGGCCUAGGUUGAAACACGCGUACCGACACUCUGUGGCAAAACUACCUCUGUUUUACAUUUAUUUUAUUUUAUUAAUUACACUUACAUAAUGACAAUAGACUAGAUAAAUAUGAUUUUAGUUACGCAAUCAACAUAUCUGUGAUACAAUAGGAAGCAGGCUGUAUAGUUUAUUUUUUCACAUUUGCCACACUGUCGAUAAGGAAAUAUAACGGAAAAAAGUGCGAAAAUAUACGGAAAAGUAGAGUUUCAGCAGUUUUUUACUGUACAGUGAAUGAGGAACGGUUUUAGUUUUGUACAAAGUACAAUUUUGCCCUAGAUACAUAAGUAGUUAGGUAAAAACGUGUUAUUAAAAAAAUUGCAUGCAAGGUUCGAUGCAUGAAUGUGUAAAGCAAAUCCAUCACUGUCGUUGGUAACAGGCUCGCCUGGGCGGAUGUUACUAUUGAGACCAAAUAAUUAUAUGUUUCAAUGGGAUGGUGUCGAUUUUAACAUUCCGUUAUAUAAAGAUUUUUUCGUCUUAGUGCAUUUAUAUGAAGGCCACUUACUACUUUUAUAUUCCUAGUCAUUUCAAGUGCAACCAGUUGAGAUUUUUUAAAGAAAAUAAUUAUUUAAAUGAUAAAUGUAGGGGCGUCUGUCGGCGUCAUUGUAUUAUAUUUUGUUGUGUUGACGCCGGCGGCGCCCGAGUGUAAUACUUCAUAUGUUUACAUUCAGCUGCAAUAAAUAGUUUAGUGACAUAAAGCAGAUGGUACAGUGCCAAAUAUCCUCAAGUUUAAGUUCACAUCGUAUUAUUUAUUUUAUUUUUUGUUAAGUGUGAAUGUAGCGACUGUGUGUAAUAUUCCUGAUAUUUAGGAAUAAGUUGCAUUCAUAUUUAUUAUUAUAUUUAUAUUUUAGGAUACACGUUUUAUUGAAUAUAUUUAUGACGAGAAUGGUUUAUAAAGGCUCAGUGACUUUUUUUAAAUAUUUAGUUUCUGUUGUUUAGUACCAUUUGUAAGAUUGCGUUUUAGUUCUCUUUGAAUGGUUACCUCGUUUUUGUUAUGAAAUGCAAAAAAAGUUCUAUUCAUAUAUUAACAAAUUGUAUCUGUGUGUCAUAUAUGGAGAAUAUAUUUAUAUUUGAAAUAGAUAGUAUAAAUGUGCAAGUGGAAUACAUAGAUUUAGUAGUUGCAUCUGUUAGAAAAAUAUUUAAAUAGAAAAUUUUAUCCGUUACUGUAGUACUACACUCCCCAAGUAAAUGUUGUUUGAUAUAUGAAUAGAAUUAAGUCUACUAGUAGUAUCAAUAGACCGAAUAGAAGCUAUAAAUAUACAGUGGAUAUCAGAAUAUUUUUAUAUCCGAAUAGACAGGCUAUUUUUAAAUCUAUUUGUACACUAUACUAAAUGAUAUUUAUAUUGAAAAUCUCUAUUUCUAAAUAGUAAAGAAUUUCGCCAAAUACAUUAAGAGUAAAUCUGUAUUGAUUUCUGUAUCAUUCAAAGUUGGGUCAUGGAAAGGUAGUAGAAGUGGCAAGAGUUCACAGGCUUCGCUUAUUUUUAAAAAUAAAUUUAUAUUAAGAAAAAUGAAAAACAAUAAAAAUAUUAUUUUUAUUUGACUAAUGACAAACGGAUUGACGUAAAACUUUCUCAGACGGGCAUUGUGAAUGAGCGAGUGAAUAGCUGACGUGGUUCCGAAUUGAAAAUGAAAAUAUUUUUAUUAAAAUCCAAAAAAAAAGAAAAAAUAGCACAUAGCUGUUUGAGGGAAGGGCCCGGGGGAACUAAUGUCGAUUUUUUGAGAAUUAUCGCACAGAAAAUUCCUUUUUUAUUUUAUUUUUUUGUCUGUGACCUCUCUUGGACUUGGUAGGGUGGUGUUGAACCGAUUAGUUUAAGUUGCAUUGCAUUGCAACGUCGCACGAUGUGACACUGUGCCGCAAUCUUAUAAGACAAUGAUCUAUAACGUAUUUGCUCUGUUGCGUUGAACAUCUACGAACGCAGUGCCUUCAGUAACAUCUAGGUGGAAACGGUCUGUAGGAGAAUUGGAGUGAACCAGAUACAUAUACUUUACGUUGACCGAAUCCUUUGUAACUAUUGUAUAAAAAUUAUUAUCUUUCAUUUAAUUAUCGGCAUUCUUUAUUAAGUGUAUUAUUGUUAAGAACAUGUUUUUUUUUGCUACUUCAAUUGCAAAUUGUUAACAUUUAUCUUUAUUAUUAUUGAUGAGGAAAAACUAUUGUUCUAUUUUUGUCUUUUCGUUUUUUUUUUCUCUUAUGAAUUCAAAAUUCAUAGUUGUGAUUUCUUUUGACAUUUAAUGUUUUUUGUGAUACGUAAAAGAGAAUUGCAUUAAUGCAUCACGUUUUUUUUAGCUUUUUUCGUUUAAGUAAAAGGAGGGAUUUUGAGUAUGUCUAUGGACGGUUGCUAAUGUUAGCGGUGGGCACUAUGGGCUCGUUAUAUUGAAAUCAAUAGUUGGAUUUGCUUCUUUCUAAAUUUAUAAGGUACAAAACUUAGAUUACAUUAACAUCACAUGUCAAUUUUGAUUCUGCAACAUGUUCGUGUCGUUCCGCAAUAUUGUUUGUGACUAUUAUAAUUUAAUUUCAAGUGAUUAUUGUACAAAAUUCAGUAUACAUAUGGGAUAUUGGAUAACACGUCUAAAUUAAGUUGUCGCAUUGUUAAAGCUAAUUAGUGGACAGUUUACUAGUGGUCCCUAAAUAGUUGUAAUGUUAUAUUUGAUGUGAUAGGAAAUUUCACAUUUAGUCGGUGUAUUGCAAUCCCUUUUCAUUGGACUUGGCCGAUCUCCCUCAUACAUGUGACUGUAGCUCUGGUUAGAAGGUAAUGGUAUAGAGAAGGCGCUUCAUGAGGAUCUCACGGCGUGAGGCGCAUGGUGUGUGGCUGGUACUCCGUGAGAUCUUCAUGGGCUCAGUAAUAAGGUUGGAUCCAACAAUGCGCCAUACAACAGCUUCAAGCGAGCGAUGUAUAAGAUAUAGUUUCGAGUCAAAUUUUGAGUGUAAUAUUGUUAAUUAUAACUUUAGUUGCUUGCUGUGAGGCAUUAUUGCUGGAUCAAAGUUGCAUUUAAGUUUAAGCACAUCAAUUGGUUCCGUUUUGAGUUUGUAUGUAGGAUUUAUGUUUUAGUUUACUAUUAAUUUUUUUUCUCUUUUGUGUACAUAAAAUCGCGAGAUGUCGUGAUGGUAAAGCCAAAGAUUGUUACGGGUAUGGUGACCCUCUGCCGUCACAUGGGCUAUGUAGUGACCUUACAUUCAGGCUCCAGCCUCGGCCCGCGUCUAGCGCCGAACAGUUGUACACAACAAAUCACGUACAACUUUGAAUGUAAUUUUCUACAUAGCCUCUUAGUUAUAAUAUGUACGUUUAUCUACCUCGAGGAUGUAAUUUAGUUCGUAAGUAAGCUUUUAAGUAGAUUUUUUAUAUGAUGGAAAAUAUAAGAUGUUAGAUUUUAAGAGUUAUGUCGAAAAUUAAAAAAAAAGUAAUAAUAAUAAAAUUUAAAGUACAAAUAUACUACCUCAGGAUUCAACUAUAGUCAUUGUCAAAUUCUAUAACUCCCACAGAUGUAUUUUAUGAUAUAUAAAUUAAUGUUAUAAAUCUUGUCACUAUAUUUCUAAAUACUUGUUCUUGAUAAAUGCUGGUUAAAUACAUUUUUGGAAUUUAUGAAAAUAGUUUUAGAAAUGUAAAUAAGGAUGGAAUUCAGUUGGAAUGCUAUCGAUGGUAAUAAUAAUACGAAGCACGUUUAUUUGAAUCUCUGCAAGGUAGUGAGUGCUCUCAACUCAGUGUCAUGCUCAAAAGAGGAUUAUACAUCGAGUGAGUGUCAGCGACUCUGCGAGCUCGGGACGAGCUGGGUUGACGGUCUAAGCUAGAGUGUAAGUGUUAAUUAGGCUAGUUGUAAUAAUCUCAUUGAUGUACCUCAUUUGUAAGCACAACACUUGCGGGGGGAUCGGCCACAAGUCAAUAUCAACGUAAUCUAAUUGUACCUUUCUUCACUCUCCGGAGUAUAAAUUUUUAUUCGUAAUUUUUAUUAUUAUUAAUUUUUCCCAGUUACUUUUUUUGUGUUUCAUAGAUGUUACUAUGUUUUAAGGAGACGAAAGAAAAAAAUGGAGAAAUUAUUGUUUGUUAGGUUUCUGCGAAUUAAAAAAAUGUAACAAAAUUAUUUUUUUGUUUUUUAUUUUUUGUUGGUUUACGUUUUUUAUUUCCUUUUCUUUAUUUUUAUUUUCCAGUUUGUUUUACUUCGACAAGUUACACCCGUCCAUCGUGUUUAAUGUUUAUUAUACUAUAUUUAAGUACAUUAUUUAAGGAAUUGACAUUUAAGUACCUAAUAUUCAUAAAUAGUUGCACUUAACUGGACAGGAAAUAUUUAAGUACUCAUUGGAUGUUUUGUAUAUUUUAAGGGUGCACUAUAAUUGAAUUGAUCACGGGAGUACCUCGGGAUCUCUACGAAUUUGGUAAAGAAAAAAAAUGUUCUUUCGCAUUAAAAUAUAAUGUAAGAUGUAAAAUUAUGCUCACUCCCUCACUAGGUUAAAAUCACUUCUCGGACUGAACGGAAUGGUGAUUGGACACUGACGCGAUGCUAGAUUUGAGGAAACGAUGCGAUCAUUCAGUAAUUAUAUUCCAUUUAAUUCACUUUUCAUAAUAUUCUGGCUCUAAUAUAUUGUCAUCUUACAUUCAGAAUAAUUUUGAUGUUUCAAAUAAAAUGAUUAUAGUCGUUCAUGACUGUAUAUAAAGCAUUAUAUUUCAUAUAUACUUACGUAUUUAACCUUUUCAUCUUGUUAAGUUGGAUGAGGUCAAUCUCGGUGUCACUUAUAACUAUGUCCUCGGUGUCAUCUUUGUGUAAGUGUACGAGAUAUAACUCUAAUUGAUAUGCAAAAAAGAAAAAAAAAUAUAAAAAAAAGCAACGAGCACUCUUGUCUGCAUAAAGAACUAAAGUACAAAUUUCUGAAGUCUUAAAGAGUUACUGCCAGUACAAAUUAAUUAAUCGGAAAAGAAUAAUAAAUGGUACCCGUUUUUUAUGUAAACGUUGCCAAAAUUGUAUUUUUUGGGCAUCAGUAAAAUAAUUUAGAGUAGGUAUUAUGUGGAAAGUACAAAACAAAUGAUGUAUGAUGUACAGCAGCCCGCAUUACUUAUGGUUGGUGUUAGGGCGACGCGGCGUUGAUAUCAUUUUCGUAUAUUUUCAUUAAUUCUGUUGCAUAUUUAUCAUUCGAGUGCGAGGGUACACAAUACGGCCAACAUCUAAGUAAGUGGUCAAAAUAGAACGUUAUUAUAACGGUGACUUAUCGAUUGUAAACCAAGAUGGUUGUAAAACUAAGUAGGAUUUUGUACGUAGCGAUGUAAUGCUUAAAGAAAAUAACGGUCGUCGGUUUGGUGGUCUAUGUCAGAAAAAAAAAACGUGAUUGUCUGUGAUUUUUUUAAGCGACUUUUUUAUAUAUAUGGAAGAAUAUAUAAUUCUUUAACAGUAAGAAUAGCACUACUUGUGAUUUUUACAUUAGAAAUUUAUUAGUUGACUUCAUUUUUUUGUACUGUAUUAUAGGGUAAUGUAGCGAUUGGUGUAGUGGAGAACGGUGCGGGUUGAGUGUACAUAGACUAAUCAUAAUGUAUAAAUAUAUCUAUGGUAUAUGACACAGCGAUCUCGUAGUAGGGGAUUGUAUGUUGGCCGGAGCAUCUUUGGUCUCGCCUGCUUGCGCGCGAGUGACAGGGCCUGAGCUACGCGAAUCCUGACGAUCCCUUACUGCAAGUGCAGUUGUCUCCGACAUUGGGUAACGUUUGGCAAAUGGUUAGACCACAUGCGAUGCUUGUUUGUUUUAGAGGCUCGCGUUCUUCAAAAGGCCAUCUGGAAGGCCAUAUACGAAUUAAUUACUACAGUUUGAGGGACGCGUGACUCUCUCCGGUACAUGAUUAGUAAAUUAAUUUGUGCGUAUAUGUAAAACGGUAAUUAUUUACCGAGUUCUAGCGAAUUUUUUAGUGUGGUAAACAUUUUGGCGUAUUUUGUUAUUUAUGUGGUAAUCGUAGUGAAUAACUGUUAUGUUUGCUUCGGUAAAUUCGUCUUGCUUUAGCUGAAGAAUUGCCUCAACAGCUGUCUACUGAAAUUAUUUUUGUACGUACUAAAUAAUUGUCACUUUUUUGCGCUCUAUGUCUUUUUACGUAUUGACUAUCUAAAAAACUUACUUCGAAUAUGAUAGUAAGUUUUUUAACUACAAGUAGGACAUUUUCUGGGGCUUUCUUCAGCUUUUCAAGUUUAUUUUGAGAAUAUUUAUUAUGAUCGGAUAUAUGAUAUUAUUGGAAUAAUUACAUUUAAACUCUGUUCUUAACUUAGUAUCUGUGUGUAGUAAUAAUCCAAGUUACCCUUAACCCCAACUCAUUGCUAACAAAACAAUCAUAGGCGUAUAUAUAAAAAGUCAAGUAAAAACACUUGACUCGUAUAUCCGAUCAUAUAAACGUGCUCAAUGUAUGUAAAUCGUAUACUUUGGGAAAUAGUUUAGUAAGUGUAAGUAAUCUUUCAAAUGUGCAACUGUUUGCAUCGUCGUAAUGUACCUAAUUAUAUUUAUAUAAAUUAUUUUCGCUAUUUCCCAUAGUAAACUGAACGAAGCAGGCUAUAGGAUUCUAAUACAGGUAUUAUAAUUGUCCAUUUGUGCACUAAUUAUAAAUUUGCGUAAAAUAGUUGAUAAUUAAUUAAACGAACAUACAGUACCCCGAACACAAUAUCCUACUAUCUGGCUUAGGUCUAGAUAUUGUAUUGAUGAAAAUUUGUUCCAUUGUGGAAUUCUUAAAUUAAUAAAAAAAUGUUGCUAAAAUUA